AUGUUAAAUUGUGCUCCCGUUCCUACCCUUAUGACAUACUCAUCUCGGGAAAAUGUAGAUUCUACUUCCUUACUUGGUGAUAGCGAAGCUUCAUCCUUCAGACAUAUCAUUGGUCGUCUUCUCUAUCUCACAAACACUCGCCCAGAUAUUAUGUUUGUCGUUCAUCAUCUCAGCCAGUUUGUUUCCUCCCCCACUAAUGACCAUCGGCGUGCUGCUCUCAGAAUCCUUCGUUACCUGAAAAACAAUCCUAGACAUGGCAUUUUCAUCAGCAGCAAAGGUCAUUGUCAGAUACGCGCUUAUAGUGAUAUGGAUUGGGCUGCUUGCCCUAAAACAAGAAAAUUUAUAAUUGGUUUUUGGUUUACAUUGGAGAUUCUAUUGUUUCAUGGAAAACAAAAAAGAAAAUCACCAUCUCUCGUAGUUCUUGUGAAGCAGACUACAGGGCAUUGGCUGCCACUAUCUGUGAGGUGCAAUGGAUUUCUUACGUUCUAA